CACGACUUGAAGUGAAAAUACUACAGUAGUACCAGAAACAAUUUGGCAUGUGGUGCUUGGGCGCUAUCGUCAUGCCUCGUGACUGCCCCCUUCUCUUCGACUAUGACGCACAUUACAUCGCGUCCGCUACUACUAACAAUCAGGCCGAAUACGUCGGACUUCUCCGAAGUCUCCGUCUAGCGCUGGCUCGCGGCUUCACCCAUCUUACUGUCUACGGCGAUAGCCAACUCCUCGUCCGUCAACUACAAGGGGUUUACCGUGUGCGCAACCCAGGCCUCCGACGCUCAAAUCUCACCGUGUGCACCCUUGCCGCGACGGAAACCAAGCGGCUGACUUUCUGUUCAAGCUUGCGCCGGACGACUGCUGGAUGUACACCACUCUCGAAGGGGCAGGUUUUGGUCCGAUUCCCCUCGACAUGUGGCAACGUUGUAUGACUUUCUGGACCUUGCCUUCGACCCCGGCUAACUCUCUUCUUCACCCCCCCGGCAGCUUUGCCUGUAUAAGCUCCCCGAAAUCCAUUCCCAAAUAAAAAAAAGAAGAAGGUGGUUUUGGACUCAUAAU